AUGAUCAAAGAAAAGGUUCGGAAAAGAAUCCAAGGGUGGAAGCGCAAUCUUCUAUCGUCAGGUGGUAGACACGUAUUCCUUAAGGCAGUGGGAGAAGCUAUUCCUAUUUAUACAUUGUCUUGCUUCAAGUUGCCUGAUGGUUUAAUCUCAGAAAUUCACUCUCUACUUUCUCAGUUCUGGUGGGAACAAAAAGGUUCUGAAAGGCGGAUGGCUUGGAUUAGCUGGGACACUAUGACUCGCCCACGAAAAGAAGGAGGCCUUGGAUUUAAAGAUCUCAGAAUCCAAAAUCUGGCACUUUUAGGCAAACAGUUUUGGCGACUUGUAACACAGCCUACUUCCUUAUUAUCCAAAAUCCUAAGAGGUAAAUACUUUAGCAAUGGUAAUGCUAUAACGGCAGAAAUUAGAGUCUUACCUUCUUGGGGAUGGAGGAGUAUACUGGAAGGCCGAAAGAUUGUUGAAAAAGGUCUUAAUUGGGCUGUGGGUACUGGAGAGAAUAUCCGAACCUUUGAGGAUCCUUGA